AUGAAAACAUUUUGUCGUAUAUACGGAAAGAAGAACAUCCUUCCCAAGGUCGAUGAACCUGUUCGAGUCGGGAUGACACCAGUCAAGGUGAUUUACAGCGAGAAAAACAAAACUCUGGAAUUAAUUCGGCGGCAUCAAACGAGGAUCCGCGACGCUGAAGGAAGAAGAAGAUCCGACGAAAGGGAAAACGGCUUCAAACCGGAACAGAGCCGGCGCUGA